AUGCCAAAAGAACAAUAUAUGUGCCAGCUGUGUGCAAAUCAUGGCGUCUUCAAUCAACCGAAAAAAGGCCACAAACAAAAGUGUCCACAUCGUUAUUGCCCGUGUAGUUUAUGUGCUCUAAAUACUAAAAGAAGAGCACUUGAUCAGAUCGAACGUCAACUGAAAAAUGCUACAUCAAAUUCGCUAACAAUGUCAAGCAUGAAGGAGAAGAUUGAAUUAGGCCAAUUCAGUCCCUUCCCAUCUGAGUCAAUGGAAGUUACUGAAUCAAAAUUUAGUAAGUGCUUUUGUUUUUUUCAUUUUGUUUGA